AUGAUCCAUUUAUCUUUCAGGAAUGCUUUUUUCGAUGUUAAACAAGACAGUCGUCGGAUUGAUGGCACUAGCCCAUGCAGCGAAUGUAAGAUCCACGAUUAUAUUCUUGUCAAAUUCGUGAGCAGUGAAAGUAUGCAAAGAUUUGUCCUUUUGAUGUGGUGCUGUGGCCUGGGUACGGUUAUGUGGAUUAUCUUACCAGAAUUUCUGUCGGUUAUAUUAAUUUCCGUAAAAAUAUUCUUCACUCUGUGGAUAACUGUCCUGAGUGACGCAAAGACAAACGUACCUGCCAUAUCUGUGGGUAUAUGUGGUAGAGUUACUUUUGCUACUAUCCGUUAUAUACAUUACCAUUUUGGCUCUAUAAAGAUUGCUGUCAUAUAUGCUCCUGCAACAGUAUCACGACCCCGAGCCUUUUUCACUUCUAUUCUUCAAUUGACACAAUUUGGCCAACCUGCCCCUUCAUCUCGUUUCCUCGUCCUUAAACAUUUCUACUAUACUUACACCUCUACUUCUUCACACCCUUGUCAUACAUCUCUACCGUGGUUGCACCACGUUCAAGAAACCUCAAUUGAUUGUGUCACUGAUGAAGCUCAUACCGAAAGAGGUUUAUGGCGUGCUGACUCUCGACUGAAAAUACCCUCAUAUUUCCAAGAACGCUUCUCUGUGUCUUUACAAGGUAUCUUGCCCAGUUUGACUCAAUUACCUUACCCUUAA